AUGGCCGAUAUGAACGCUGCGAAGAAGUUCAUCUACAUAGCACCAUCACCACCGGUUGAACUCAUCGAUUCUACGUCGUUCACAAUAGAUUUUGCAGGUCGUAAGUUUCUGUAUGUAGGACUUGACCCAGUACAACAUCAUGCUAUCAUUAUCCUAAUAAUAACGCUGGCUCGCCAUAUUCUCAUCACAACAGAAUUUUUACAAAGUAUAUAUCAUAUGAUAGGCGAUUUACUGUCUUACCUCCUUGACGCCCCGACAUAUAAAAGAAAAAUAUUUCUAUGUACCGAUACCACUACGCUUUCCAGUAUGGUAUUCAAGGACGAGAACGUGCUUAUUUUAGAAUCGAAAACUCAAGACGGAUGUCGGAUCAUACUUAACCACAGAAACCUAAUGCGAUUAAUAAAUCUAGAACAAAGUAUUCAUUAA